AUGAGUCGAAAUAAUUCACAAAACGAAGAAACAGGAGGCUACAAAACCAUCAAAGUCGAUGAGCAGCAGCGUAUGCGACUCUCAGCCUUUAUCAAUAGAAACAAGCCUACAUCAAGCAUUAAAAAACGUCAACUCAGUUACCAAGAAAAUUUAGUGAAAAUCCCAGAGCCUGAAGAAGCUGAAAUUGUAAACUUAAACGCUUCCUUAAAAGAGCUUGACAAUAAACUAAGCUCAAUUAAAACAAAAGUUGACGUUAUCCAUGAAGAAAGCCAAAAUAGAUCUGAAUCUCCAUUGCCCAGCCGCUCCAAAAAUCUAUCUUCCUCUCCAAUCCCAUGAGGCACAGACAGACUGCAUAUACAUAGAAGAUCAGAAAAAAGCUAUAUAACCCCUAAAAAGUCAGAAAAUGACCCCUAUAUGAAUGCCAAAGUAAAUUUAUUAUUAUCCUUAAUAUACAUAAAAUGGCGUAUGGCGACCGACCCACCCCUCUCAGUGGUGGUUACCCAUGUAUAUCCGGGCAUGGUUUUUGGAGCCAGGAAUUAGCCCAACAACGUCUGGGACCUCGAAGCGAGAGGCCUAAGCGCGAGAGCCGCUGUUUUUGCGACCAGACCCAUGGGCAGUUAUUCGUGACUUCUUUUUGCCAGCAGCGCUCAGCCCAGUGAGUGCCCGAAAUGAGGCAGGGUGAAUUACCUGCCUAAGCUGCUUUAAUGGCUCGCCCCGAAUGGCGAAAGCUGUUGAGUUCUUUCUCGGGAUGACGGAAAAGAGGGGAGGCGAGUUAGACACCAAAACGGGGGUCUCUCCAGUUGAAAAGGUGCCCUUCAAUGGGCAGAUCUGGCGGACGACGAAGCGGAGUUGGCGUAAACUUAGGCGACGAUCCAAGUUGAAAAUGGAGGUGGUCAGCAAAGCCGGUAUGAGACGGCCCUUGACAAUACCUCUACCGAGAAACCGAGGGUUUCGGCCCGGGCUUGGUGAACGCUCUGCCACCACACGGGAAACCGUGGCAUGCGACCUCGGACGUAGUAGGGACCUUAAAUACCCAGCGUAAUCUUAAUCUUAAUCUUAAUCUUAAUUAUUAUCCUUAGUAAGCUGAAUUUAUUUUAAUUAAAAUUAUUUUUUAAAAAAAUAAUCAUUUAUUUAUAAAAAUAUAAGAGAAAUGGAAACUAAAUUGGAAAGUCUCAGAGAAAUCGAAUUUGAUUUAGAUAAAAGAAAACAGACUUUAAAUAUAAGAGAAAGAGAGCUGGAAAACGAGAUUAAGUAUAGGGAAAGCCAAAAUUUAUUAAAAAUAAGGAAUAUGGAAAAUUUUUUGGUAAAAAAAUUCACAGAGCUUGAUUUAAAAGAACAAGAAAUUGUGAAGAGGGAAAAAGAAAUUGCAUAUUUUAAUAAAGGGAAUGAAAAUAAAAGCUUCUAUAGAGACCAAAAAGAAGAGCUUGAAAAAUUUGAAUGCCAGCUUAAAGUAACUGCAUUAGAAUUAGAAAAAAGAAUUCUUGAAAUCAUUAGAAAAGAGAAAGAAUUGAUAGAAAAAGAUGAGUAUUUAACAGAAAAAGAAAGAAGACUUAAAAUCAAAGAGAAAAACAUGGCUUUUCAUGCUGGCGUAAAGCCUGAAGUUGACGAUAAAUCAAGAAAUGACAUCUGCCAAGGGAUUCUUAAAGAAAUUAUUGCUGAAAUCGCUCUAAAAGACUUAGAAAAACAGUUCGACGAUUUUUCAAAAAAAUCCAAAGCAAAAGAGCUUGAAUUUGAAAUUUCAAAAAAACAAAUGAUUCAAGAAAACGAGCAGCUAAAAUUAAGCCUAACUCCCCCCCCCCCCCCUCCCGUGAGCGAACAAAAAAAAUUUUGUUCACUCACGGAGGGGGGUUAAUUUUUUUUUUUAAAAAAAAAAUUUAUAUAUAAAUUUUAUAAAAAAAUAUUUUUUCGAAAUUUAAAAAAAUCCUAAUUUGCAAAAAUUGGGAAGCAAAUAUUAAUUUAAUUUGCAAAAUUUUAUGUUUUAAAAACGCAAUUUGUUUAAAAUUAAACAGAAUUAGCUCUAGAUUUCAUUUAUACUAAUUAUCACUUAUAUAUCAAAAUUUUUUUCCAUUAAAAUUUUUUCUAUUAAAAAAAUUUUUGUUCACUCACGGAGGGUGGGUUUUUGGUCAAAAAAUGGUGAUUUUUCUAAUGGUUUUGUUCGCUCACGGAGGGGGGGGGGGGAGUAAGGAUGAAAGAAGAAGAAAUCGCUAAUUUGGUCACAUCAAAAUCAGACGAAGAAAACGAGGCAGAAAUUGUAAACAAUUCUAAGCUAAAACAGCUAGAAGAAGAACUAGAAAAAAUAAAUUUAAAAGAAAUUGAGCUUGCCCAAAGGGAACAAAAGCAUGAAGAAGAGUUUAAUUUCCGCAUGGAAAAAUUAAAUUCUCUUGAAGAAAGCUUGGCAAGCCAAAAAGAGCAAUUUUUGAAGAAGCAAACAGAUUUUAAUUCGCAGUUUGAAGAAUUGCAUAGACAAGAAGAAUUUUUAACAGCCAGAUUUGCAGAGCUGCAGGAUGCAGAAGAAAGAUUAUCAAAAAAUAAGAAAAAAUACAUUACAGAAUGGAAUGAUAUGGCGACCAGAUUUGAAAGUAUCCACUCCUUGGAUACUCCAAAAAAUGGGUAUAAAGAAACUUUUGAGAACUAUAUGAGCCUCAAUGACCCAGAUAAACAAAAUUUCGAGUCUCUGCAUUUCCAAGUUUCUGAAAAUUUAGGACAGUUUGGGUCAGUCAAUUUAGAGAAUUUUGAGUCUGUUCAAGAAGAAAUCUAUAAAGAGGACGAAAAAGAAGAAAUUCAAGAACUCCCUAAAGAGACAUUAAAAAGCCCAGGCCACGAAUCUAAUGGCAGCUUUGAGUAUGACUCUGUUGACGAUGCCAAUUUUGAGUCUUUAAAAAUGAAUUUCGCUGAAGAAUACAAAAAGCGGCAAAUGAAAAUUCUGAGCGAGUGCGAAGAAAUCAGCAGAGAAAGAAAAUUGCUUUCUGAUAAAUUGUCAAGUUUUUUAAAAAUUUAA